AUGUCCGACUUUGACCCGCACAAUGUCGACCUCGACACUGUCGACGCCGCUCAGAUCACCUGCUACCUCAACAGCGAAGGAAACGAGUACGACGGCCGCCUAGGCGCACGCAUCUCGGCCAUCUUCGUCAUUCUCAUCGUCUCCUCCGCCGCAACAUUCUUCCCCGUUCUCGCCAAACGUCUCCCCCGUCUACGCAUCCCACUCUACGUCUAUCUAUUUGCCAAAUAUUUUGGCUCCGGUGUCAUUAUUGCCACAGCCUUUAUCCACCUCCUAGACCCGGCUUAUGAUGAAAUCGGCCCUGCCUCCUGCGUCGGCAUGACAGGCCACUGGGCCGAUUACUCCUGGUGCCCCACCAUCGUUCUCACCUCGCUAAUGAUGGUCUUCCUCCUCGACUUCGGCGCAGAGCGUUACGUCGAGAAGAAAUACGGUCUAUGCCGUGACGACCCCGAGCCGCUCAUGGCCCAGGGCGUCGAAGUAAUCCAGCACCAGCUUGGUCUGCGCCGGUCAAACUCAAACUCGCACUCACACUCACACUCUUCGUCAGCACUGGACUCAAAGGACAAGCAGGCUAAAGAAGUCGAAGCCCAGUCUUUAGAGGAAGGCGCACUCGACCGUUCAUUCCGCCAACAAAUCUCCGCCUUCCUCAUCCUCGAGUUCGGCAUAGUCUUCCACUCUGUCAUCAUCGGAUUGAAUCUCGGCGUGACUGGCAACGAAUUCCCAGCGCUAUACCCCGUCCUCGUCUUCCACCAAUCCUUCGAGGGUCUCGGUAUCGGCGCACGAAUGUGUUCCAUCCCAUUCAGGAAGGAGAGUUGGCUACCUUGGGCGCUGUGUGCGGCGUACGGAUUGACGACCCCUAUUUCUAUUGCAAUUGGUCUUGGUGUGCGGACGACGUAUAACCCGGGCUCGUUUACGGCGAAUGUGGUCUCGGGUGUUUUGGAUGCGGUUUCUGCAGGGAUUCUGAUCUAUACCGGUCUUGUGGAGUUGUUGGCGAGGGAUUUCUUGUUUGAUCCGCAUCGGACACGGGAUGAUAAGAGGUUGACCUUUAUGGUUGUUUCGUUGUUGCUGGGUGCUGGUAUUAUGGCUCUGUUAGGGAAGUGGGCGUGA